GAAGCAGCCGGACACAUUCAGCCAUGGGAAAUACUGCAGACAGCGAUGCAUUGGACUUAAUCAAAGACAAACGUGAUUUCCGAUCUCAGGGAAAAGACUUUUUUUUUCAUCUGUUCCGUGGACUUUUUCUAUCUGUGGAUAUCUGACAAGUGAAAGUAUUGUCUUAUUGUUCAGUUGGACCGGGAAGGAUAUCUGAACUAUGUAGUGCCUCCUUUAACUAUGGACCUACGGACCCUCAGAGUACAGUGAUGUUAGCUCUGAGCCACUACAACUCCUCAGCCCCCCCGCUUCUCCCCCGUUUCUCUAAUGACAGUGGAGGGAGGGUGGAGGCCAGGGUGGCUGUUGAAGGGCUAUCGCAGCAGGGAAACCUCACCUUGGUGCAGCCCACCACCAGUGGCGUCAUUGUCGUUGUGUUGUCCAUGACACUUGGCAUCAUCUCCAACAUUGUGGCUCUGUUUAUCCUGGCCAAUGCCUACUCCCGUCAGCCCCGACGCACCAAAGCCACGUUCCUUCUGUUUGCCACUUCACUGGUGAUCACGGACUUCAUCGGCCAUGUGAUCCCUGGUGCCCUGGUUCUCCGGCUCUACCUCUCUGGAGGUGUGCAACCUGAGGACUUUAACUCCUCUGAUGGGAUGUGUCAGUUCCUGGGUGGCAGCAUGGUGUUCUUUGGCCUGUGCCCGCUCUUCAUGGGCUGUGCCAUGGCUGCUGAGCGCUGCCUGGGUGUCACCAAGCCGCUGCUGCACUCAUCCCUGGUCACCAAAACCCGAGCAAAGAUCUGCUUGUCAAUCAUCUGGUUGGUGGCUCUGUGUGUGGCCCUGCUGCCGUGCUUUCAGCUGGGCUCUUACUCCUAUCAGGACCCAGGGACCUGGUGUUUCAUUAAAGUGCUCAGUGACACUCAGGAGGUGGACAUGGCAUUUGUGACGCUCUUUUCUGGACUGGGUUUGACCUCACUAGCUGUGGCGUUGGUGUGUAACACCAUCAGCGGACUGACGCUGGUGCUCGCUCGGCUCAGGAGGCAGCCGGGCUCCCUUCAUUCAUCCAAGUCCCAUGACAUAGAGAUGGUGGUGCAGCUGGUCGGCAUCAUGGUCACCUCAUGUAUCUGCUGGAGUCCUCUGCUGAUCUUUGGCCUGAUAUCAGCGAUCCGCUCCUACACAGGAACCAUCGGAGAGGACUUGUCCAGCUAUAAAACCCUGAUGGUGAUGGGUGUGAGGCUGGCCACGUGGAACCAGAUCCUCGACCCCUGGGUCUACAUCCUGCUGCGCCGCACCGUUCUCCGCAAAAUCUACCUCAUCGUUAAGUGCCAGGCGGGACUGAGGGGUAAUAUUUUAGGCCGCUGGGAGCCCACCUCUUUCCCCAGCUCAGAGAAGAAUGAUGUCAACCAAGUUUGAGCCGAGAGAAGGACCCUACUGUGGAUGUACUGUGUCACCGAGUCAUCGGGCAUAUGAAGAAUUCUACAGCUGAAAACAUUUAGAAAGAGAGACCCACGUAGAAGCAUGAGGAGGGAACUAACUUUGUGGCUUUGGAGCCGAUCAGAUUAGACAUGCAGUUUGACAUUUCUCGGCUGGUCCACUUCAGAAAUGCUUAUUCAAUCAGAAUAUAUCUUUCAUACUCCACAAAGGUUUACAAGUGAGUUCAUUGUCUGACCUUACAAAUGGAAGCUAGCUAAUGCUAUGAUUUUGCACAUAAACUUUCUACUGUUUACUUACAAUAAGUGAACAUUACCAUUAUUUUUGUAUUCUCAUUUGGAAACUCAUAGUAACAAAGGGCAGAGAUGAAGGCCACAUUAUAUGACUGCAGUACUAAAAACACUCUGUCCUGAAAGACUCUAAGAUUUGCAGGAGUGAUACUUAAAGAGGGACUAAGUUUUAUUUGGUUUUAUUUCUCUGAAAAGUUAAUUUUCACCAUCUUUGGAAGUAAAAAACAAAUUGCACAGUGAUUUGCUCCUACAUUGGAUGAAUGUGGAAAAAUUGAGCUGUGUCGGUAUAACCACCAGGGGGAGCUCCAGAUGAAACCAGAAUAUUUAGAUUGUAUUCCUAAUUUUAGUUAUUCUGCUGAAUGUAUUCUACGAAGGAUUAUAAAUAUUCAAAAACUGUGGAGUUUAUGUAUGUUUAAGUUUAAAUAUGCUUGUUUAUACAGUGCUUUAUGUGAAAUAAUGUAAGAUUUUAUAAGUUAAUACUUGAAUGGUACCCUCAAUUUACUGAGGAUAUGUAUAGAACCUUAAAUUGAAUGUAAAU